UCGGUAUCCAAACUCCUUCGCCCCUUUUCGUUGGGCGCGUCACUAUCCCGAGUAGAAACCCAAGCCACAACCAUGGAAAGAUUUAACAAUAGUACCGUUGUACGUAGCUCUAGGUUCAACCCCACAAGGCAGAUAAGGGUUACUUACUGCAGCGGAGUUGCGCCCUUAUUUUUUAUUUAUUUUUUUAUGCUAGGGAGCAGAAGCCUGAGACUCGAUUAUUACGUUAUGAGACAAUGGCGCAGCAGCACAGCUGAUCGAUCCACCAGCAACAAACAGUACAGUAUGGCUGUACAUUUUCUUUAUUUUGUCACCGAACAAGGUCUGUGCUGGAGUCAUGGGGCAACCACAGCCCCUAAAGAGGUUACCUCUCGUCUUUUGCGAAAAGUAAGAGGAUCCCAGUGUAGGUAGGAUUUCCCCAGACUCGGAAUUGACGGAAGUGAAGUCGUUGUAGUUUGCCGGAGCUCUCUCCGCGACAUCCGGCAUGCUGUUGGUGCGAGAAAAACGGCUGUAUUCAAACGGCGAACCCAAAGAAAAUGCCCCAAACUAAAGCUGCAGGUGGGCGGUAUAUUAUCCAGGCAUCAUGCAUGAGAUAGGACGUGUUGCGUGGAUGGGAUUUCCGUUGUGCUAUUUUUCAUUCUGCCAAGACGACAUUGGGAUCAAAUGAGCAAAGAAAAUAUUCGCACUCUUACAACCCUCCCAUCCAGGGAAUUUUUAUCAGGACGCUUUUUGUUGCCCCUCACCAACGGUUGGCGACGCUGUUUGUGCACUUCCGCCCUGGGUCUCUCCACCUCGACGAGUUCAGGAGUGUCCACGGGGG